AUGUCGUCAGAAGAAGCCCCCAAGCCGUCAAAGACAUACGACGCAAGCUGCCACUGCGGCACCAUCAAAUUCUCCCUCACGCUCUCGCCGCCGUUGGAGGAAGGGUACAAGGUCCUCAACUGCAACUGCUCCAUCUGCCGCCGCAGCGGGUACCUUCUCAUCUACCCAAACAAGAAGGACGUCACCUGGCACGACGGCUCGCGCGAGAAGUGCACGAAUUACCGGUUCAACACCAAGACCAAGGACCAAAUGUUUUGCGGUGCCUGCGGAUCGAGUUUGGGGAUCGACUUUUUGAAGGAGGACUUUUAUGGCAUCAGUGCGCGUGCUCUCGACGGAAUCGACCUCGAUGCUCUGACGUAUAAAAAACUCGACGGGCUGAACAGGGUAUCGCCUGCCCAGGACCUGUCUGGCUCACAGGACAAGGAGGCGAGCACUUGA